AUGGGUCGGCUCGACCGCAGUGAUACCAAGGCCUCACAGAAAACCUGCGUGAAACAACCACACCUUUGUGUUUGGCCGUAUGAGUUGGCCAUGUCAACCCGGGACAUUGUUUGUCAUAUAGGAGGUAGUGAUAAUGAAUUUAUACGACACCGCGACGAGUUUACAAGCCUCGCGUUCCGCAUCACUGUGCUGUGGUUCAGGUAUAGAGAUAGAGAGAAACAGAAAGCGAGAGAGAGAGAGAGAGUCACGUGCAAUGCGACAAAACCUGGUAGAAGCAGCUCAUCUGACCUCCGCCACUGGGCUCCACUCCCACAAAGGGUGAUAUCCGGCCUAGGUUGCGGGUGUAAGCGCUAUGAUAAACAGAUGGUAAAUAAUUAUAAAAGAAAAUUCAAUCGAAAUUCCUGGGAUGAAGCCAGCAUGAAAAAUGCAAUCGAGAAAGUCAAACGAGGUAGCACAGCAAUUAUUACGUCAUCGUACCGCCUUGAAGUGGAAGCUUCUCAAAAUAAACAGGCUGAGAAGAUCAAGAAAGCACUUAUUUUCCAGAAAGACAUGAAACCUACAAAAAGAGAUGUAAAAAGUCAGCAAACGAGUAGACGGACCAUCAGCGCCGCCCAUGGACACCCACAUCAACAGAGGAGUUACGAGUGCGUUGCUGAUCUUUUCAGGAUUGGUGGAGGGAAAUGA